AUGAGCGACUCUGAUGACAGCGGCAGCUCGUCAGGCAUUCCUGCCUGGCAGCGCGAACAACAACAGAGCGAGCCCCAGCUGGAUGUUGAGUCUGAGCCUGCAUCGCAACAAUCCCAAGAGGAUACCCCUACCGAUGACAAGCUCGAGGUCGCGCGGCGCUUCCUUCAGGACGACGAAAUAAAGGACGCACCAAGAGAAAAGAAGGAAGAGUUUCUCAGGGGCAAGGGGCUGGAGCCUGCAGAGAUAGAGGAGCUACUGGGCAGCGGUUCAGCACCAGAACCAGCGCAACAGACUGCGCGAACAGAACCCGUUGAAGCCGAGCCAGCAACGAUCCCAACACCCGAACCGCACGCGCCUACUCCCGCUCCCUCUUCCACACAAAACGAGAUCUCUCUUCCAAGAACAAACGAUAAUCCCCCCGUUGUUACAUACCCCGAAUUCCUCACCAAACCAACCCGCCCACCACCACUAGUCACAGCAAAUGGCAUCUUGAACACUCUCUACGCCUUUGCCGGCAUUUCAACCCUUCUAUACGGCACAAGCAAGUUCCUCGUUGCCCCUAUGGUCGAGAACCUCAACGAAGCCCGUACAGAGCUCCACGACGCAACCAACAAGAAGCUGUCGGCCAUUAUCGAGAAACUCGAAAGCACCGUCUCCGAGAUUCCCGCCCCCAAGAAGACCGGCGCCGAGGCACCAAAGGACGACGGCACAAGCAGCGACCCGGACGUUGAGGAUCCUUCAGAAAUGUUCCACCGCGACAUCGGCACCCAGACGUCCAACCCCCCGACGCCACCACUAGGCUCCUACAUGGACCAGAAGAAUGGACGAUGGGGCACCAGUUUAGCUGGACAAGGGAACAAUGCUACCGCCGACGCCAAGGUGAAGAGCCUUGCGCAACACGCGACAGAGAUCAAAGAUAAGUGCAUCGCCGAAGCGGAGGAUCUCGCGCACGUCAAGUCUGAGAUGGACUUGCUCAAGGAUGAUCUUAUGCAGCUGGCGUAUCCAGCACCCAAGGAGUUCACGGGCGGUCUUUACGGCUUCCGCUCCAAUGAGCCUGAUGACGAGACCAAAAAGGCCAAGGACAACAUCCGACGUAUCAAGGGUGUGUUGCUCAGUACAAGGAACUUCCCCGCCUCCGUCAGGUAG